ACCCAGCUAUAACAUUUAAGUUGAUUCGGUCAAACAUCAAACGAUUAAUUUUUAAGAAACGGCUUCUUCUGGAAUUUGCUGAUGGCCUUUUAGUGCAUUUUAAUCCGGAUGAUCAUUUAAUACCAAAAAUCUCUGAUUUCUUUGAAGAAUAUAACAAAAAUAGCAAUGCAGGGAAAACGCCAAUCAACCGAGCAGAAGUUAGUGCUACUACUCCUUUAUCGAACAAGACAUUUAAUGUCUCUGCUGAAAGGAUGACUCGCCAAGCUUACGGUGGUAAAGAAAACUCAAAACUUGAUAAUACAUUGAAAUCCAAAAUGGUACGGAAGAAAGAAGUUAAGCAGUUUGAAGAAGGAACUAAAGAAUCCCCCGUGUGUCUUUCAAAAUCCCCAACUUCACCAACAACCAAUGGGGAUAACUUCCUUGCAUGUGCAAAUGAGAAAAUGCAAAAUAUUUUAUCUCUUGGAAAAAACAAUUUCUAUAACAAGAAUAAAUCUUCAUGUGGAGCUAGUGUAAAACGAGUGCUGGGGAUGAAAAGAUGUGAAACAACACCUGUUAAACGAGCACGGCUUUUGGUGGACUCGUCAACAAAUUCUCAACCACAGAAGGUAGAAAGUCCUCCAGCACCAGCCAUUUACCCCUUGCCAAAACUUGCUUUAAGAGGACUCACCAAUAUGGGCAACACCUGUUAUUUAAAUGCAAUCCUGCAGUCUCUUUUUAGUCUAGAGACUUUUGCCACAGAGUUGUUAUUUAUUAACUGUAAAGUAUCAAAAGUAAACCCCAGUUCUUUGCACAGUACCAUGGCCAAUUUGUUAAUCUCACAGACCAAAAGUGAAUCUGAUGUUAGUAAAGUGACCUUAUUAGGUAAUGUGAGAGAAGCUAUAUCAACCGUUGGUACACAUUUCUUAAGUAAUGACAUGCAGGACGCUCAUGAAUGCUUGAACCAAGUCCUUGACUGUCUGAAAGAAGAAGGGGUCAAGUUGGCCACAAGUACUCCUACAUCUAAUAAUUCCAGUUCCGAUGAUGAUGAUGACCCUAACUGCAGAGAUACUUUCAUUAACCCCACAGUUCAGAACUUCGAAUUUGAUAUCAAUCGCUCUAUUACUUGUAAACGAUGUGGUGUUGUUGUCUCUAAAGUUGAACAGUGUAUAGAUUUAUCGUUGGACAUACCAAAGGGAUGCAAUCCAAGCAUUCAGGAUGCUCUCGACUUAUUCUUUGUCAAAGAAAAUGUGGAAUACCGAUGUGCUAAAUGUAAUCAUGAUAAAUCAGAAGUUUCAAAAUGCAUCAGUAGAUUACCGAGAGUAUUAAUUCUCCAUUUGAAACGCUACACAUACAGUGUCACAGCUUCAUGUAACAGAAAAGUUAUUCAGCAUAUUUCUAUUCCUAAAUAUCUGACGCUGUCAUCACAUUGUUCAGAGACCAUUAUUCCAGCACCUUCUAUUAAUAGCCUUUUCACUAGCCCACCGAAAGCCCGAACAGAAAUGGAGAAAGAUUCAUCACUUUGUAGAAGACUUGAGUACACAGAUUCUGUUAAUUCAGCACAUAAGAGUUCCUUAUUUGAAUCUGCAGAAAAUGCUGAUGAUUUAGGUGUUGUCCCAAUUUCAACAUUGGCACAAGAAUUCUCAAAUAAUAUACAAGAUGAGAACUCAACCAAUCACACUGACAAUAAAGAAUCAACUAAAAGUCAAGAUCUUUCUUUCUUCAAUGAUUUGGAAUUUGGGCAAAAUUCCAAAUUGUUACCAGAUUGCUGCAGUACACCUGAAGAUAAUUCUUCAGAGACAAAACCCGUGGAAAAUGGUGUGAAGUAUUUAAGUAAUGAUGAUCUGUUUAGCUUGAGUGAAGAAGAACGGAUGAGGUUAGCAAUAGAAAACAGCUUACAGUUGAAGACUGAAAUUGAAGAUCACAACACUUCAGCUGUGCAAUGGCAGCCAGAACAACACCAGUCAAUGUUUAACACAGAGUUUGUAAAUGGAGAGAACUCCGUAUUACCAGAGAAUGAAAAUAAUUCUUUGUCUUGUUAUGAUGCAGAAAACAAAGAGAAUCAACAACCUACACAAAACGGCAAGACAGAUUCAAGUUUGAUCCCGGUUCUAGUAAACGGUCCUCAUGAAAAUGGUGAAGUUAGUGGCAAAACCAACGGCAAUAACAUACCUGUUGUGGAUCUUGAGAUUGGCGUUAACCAAGAAGAGGAAGAUCUGAAGAAAGCUAAAGCUAUGAGUCUUUAUGAUUUAAAUAAUGAUGAUGAACUUCAGCCCUCUCCUGCAGAAUUUGGGGUUUCUGUUGAAACAUUGAAACGGUCAAAAGAAGAAAUUGAAAUACUAAAAACUAAUGCUGUGGAAGGUAAUUUACCUCAUUCCUACCAACUCGUCAGCGUUGUUGCACAUAUUGGAAAUACAUCUGUUUCUGGACACUAUUUAAGUGAGGUUUUAGAUUUACAGACCAAUAAAUGGUAUUCCUUUGACGACAAAGAAGUACGGUUAACUAACGAAACUGAAGUACAAAACACUCGUCAGGAUUCUGGUUAUAUAUUUUUCUAUUUAUCAAAAGAAAUUGCAAAUAGUUUACGUUCUCUCUCUUCAAAUAAAGACAGUUGUGUAAAUGGGCAUUAGGGCAUUAAGAUGCCACAAGCAUUACAUCAAAGGGUCAAGAAGAGAACUUAACAGAGCAAAGGAAAAGAAGAAAAAGAGCAUACAGAACAAAUAUAUCAUUCCCCACCUCCCAAAACAGCACCAACUCACGGCUAUAAAAGUACACAGAGGAUAAAUAUAGCUAAAAAGUUGGGGUGAGAUGAUAUCCUUCAUUAUGUUCUGUGUAGAGAUCAAGUAAUUCUUUACAUAUUUUAAAAAACUUUUAUUGGUGAAUAAUUUCCCUAUCAAACUCUUAAACGAUUGACUGAAAAAUUAGUCACUUUCUCUUUUUAAGAUCCGAGUUAGUGAAUGGAUGAAUUGAAAUUUCUCUUUUGCCAUUGUUGGAGCCAUUAUUCUCCUGUUAAACUAAAAGGAAUAUGAUGAAUGCACACACACACACACACACAUAUAUAUAUAUAUACAUGAUCUAUAGAGACACACACACACAUAUAUAUAUAUAUAAUCAAGUGGUUUGAAGAAUCCUUACUUGAAUGUUGAUGCAAAAGAAGAAUCAAUCUUAUAUUUAAAACAUUUGUUGAAUGCAAAAACAAAAAAAAAAAAGCACCAAGCAAGUUGUCAGUUUGUCCCUUAACCAUAUCUGUGAAGAUUUUUUGCAGGUUGUUAAAGCUAAUUUUGUUUUAGUUUAUUUUUUUCUAAAAAAAAAAAAGCAUAUAACAGGUCUCAUAAAAAUUAAUCAUGUCCAUAGAUUAUUGAGAAAUGUUCAGUGACAUUCUUUAUCAAAGAUAAUCUGUAAAUUCAGGUUGUAUUAUGUUAUGUGAGAAAGAUAUCUACAAAGGAUGUAUGUUAAUUAUAUUUUAUGGUUGCAUUUGAAAAUAUAUUCUUUUCAUUAUUUAAAACAAAAGCAAAAAAAAGAAAGUGGAGCGAGCAGUAUUAAAUUUGCCAGUAUUUUUUUCUUCAUUGAAAUUGUAACAAUGUAUAGGGCAAUACAAAGUACCAGUAAUAUGCUGUAGGACAAUUCAAUUGACUAAAUUUCCCCACCUACAAGAGACAAAAGUUAGCCUUCUGCCUGGUAUACACACAGUAGAAAAAUUAGCCCACAGUAAACCAAGAGUAGUUUGAUUUUUGUCAGUAGAAACCAGUUUGCUUUUGCUGCUAAUGACAUUUAGACCAACAUGAACAUAGAAGUUGUUGUUCUCUGGUCUUGUGCCUAAAUACACACUCAUUUUACACAUAUCUUGUGGAUCUCAAUAAUUGUAUGUGCUACUUCAACAGUUGCCUUAAAACAAGUCUUUAUGACUGAGUGUGGCCUUAUAGGGUCUUUACCUACCACCACUAAAUCUAAACUCAUACGUCCAAAGUCUUGGACACUGAUGCCUUAUUUUUUGGGAUGCAUUAAGUGCAGCAUUUGUUAACAUCACAAAACAGUUGUGCUUCUAUUUCUUUAAAAAUAUUUUCUCUCCUUCCUAAUUUAUAUUACAUCAAAAUGUGAAAAGAUAUUGGGUUACAAAUCCAUUUGUUUUGUUCAUUCAUACCGUCUUUUAUUUGGACAGGGCAGUUAAUUCUCCAUUGUUUUUGUUCAAUUAACUGUCUGUGUUUGUAGGGAUAAAUACAUUUCAAUUUUUCUCUCAGCCUGUCCAUAUAUGGUGUUUAACCUGAAUUAAAUAUUUAGCAUUUUCAAACCUUCAGAAUUGAUAAGUCAUUGGAAAUGUGAAAUGAUAGGGAAUAAGUUGUCUUAAAGAACGGCAGGAAUAAAAAUGGCAAAUAUUUGACUACUCCAAUAGUUGGUAAUGCUUAGUCUCACCAUUCCAUACACUCUUGUUGUCCAGUGUUAAAAAAAUUUGACCAUUUUUAUUUCUCAUGUAUUUAAGAUUGUUUUUUUUAUAGAUGUACCUAUCAUUAAAUAUCUACAAAUUUGGCUUGUUACCAAGACUUUCACAAGCUACACUACACUUCAGGCUCUCUUAAAAAUUCAUUUUGAUCAAGCAAUAUAGUUUCCAGUAGAUUUGUACGAAAUUUAAUUAAAAUAUUUUUGUUAUAUAUACAUAUAUAUGACUUAACAUAUUUUAUUUAUAAUUAUAUGAAUUGUGUUGAUUGGGUAAAUUUGUUUCCUUUUCAAUAAGCUUAAGUGAUUUUGUUUGGUAAUAAAGAAAUAAAAAAGACACAAACACCAUCGUAUGGAUAUACUUGUUAUUUAACCGUUUUGUUUAUUAGGUGUGUGGAGGAGAAACAAAUGACAGCCUUGAAUGGAUUGUUCUCAUUAUUGCCUUACUAGAAAAACUUCAAUUUUCUGAAGAAAAAUACAGUUGGAAAUUUUAUCCAAAAUUUAAUAAAUUUUAAAAACAAGCUAAAA